GCCGGCCAUGGCGUUCCGCCGGCGGGCCAAAAGCCACCCGCUCUUCAGCCAGGAGUUCCUCGUCCACAACCACGCCGACAUCGGCUUCUGCCUGGUGCUCUGCGUCCUCGUCGCGCUCAUGUUCGAGGUUACAGCCAAGACUGCCUUCUUGUUUAUUUUACCUCAGUAUAACGUCAGUGUGCCUACAGCAGACGGCGAGAUUGUCCUUUAUCACUACGGGCUGAAGGAUUUGGUCACCAUCCUCUUCUACAUCUUCAUAGCAAUAAUUCUGCACGCCGUGGUGCAAGAAUACGCCUUGGACAAAAUCAACCGGAGACUCCACCUGUCCAAAGUCAAGCACAGCAAGUUCAAUGAGUCUGGACAGCUGGUUGCGUUUCAUCUCACCUCCGUGGUCUGGUGCUUGUAUGUCAUUGUAACGGAAGGAUACUUAUCGGACCCUAGGAGCCUGUGGGAGAACUACCCUCACAUUCAUCUCCCGUUCCAGGUCAAGUUUUUCUACUUAUGCCAGCUGGCCUAUUGGCUGCAUGCGCUGCCAGAGUUGUACUUCCAGAAGGUGCGGAAGGAAGAGAUUCCUCGCCAGUUGCAGUAUAUAAGCCUCUACCUUGUGCAUAUAGCUGGAGCAUACCUCUUAAACCUCACACGCCUGGGACUCAUCCUGUUGCUGCUGCAGUACGUGGCCGAAUUCUUCUUCCAUGUGGCUCGCCUCUUCUACUUCACAGAUGAAAACAAUGAAAAACUGUUUAAUGCGUGGGCAGUGGUGUUCGUCAUCUCCCGGCUCUUCACCCUCACCCUUUCAGUGUUGGUCAUUGCCUUUGGGCUGGCUCGGGUGGAAAACCAGGCGUUCGAACCCGAAAAAGGAAAUUUCAAUUCAUUGCUUUUCAGGAUGCUCGUGCUGCUUCUGGUGUGUUUCUCACAGGCCUGGAUGAUGUGGCGCUUCAUCCACUUCCAGCUGCGGCGCUGGCGGGAAUACCGGAACGAGCAGAGCGCCAGGAAGAGAGCCACAGCGGCUGCCCAGGGCAAGCAGCAGUCCAAGACGGUCAAAAGGGAGUCAGGCUACCACGAAAAUGGAGUCGUGAAAGCAGAAAACGGAACCUCGCCACGUACCAAGAAGCUGAAGUCUCCGUAGAGCCU